AUGAGUGGAGUGGAAGGGGCAGCACCGUCGUUGGCAGCAGCGAUGCAGGGCGAGCAUGCGGGUGCAGCAGCACAGGCGUUUGUGGCGCAGAUGGCGAGUGAGGCGGCGGAAACUGCGGCACAGAGCAUGGCAGCAGCACAGCACAUGGCCGCCUCUGCUCCCAACGAUGCUGCCGUGCAGCAGGCAGCAGGGCAGCAGGCAGCGUUAUCAGAGGAGCAGAUGGCUCUGGCACGGCAGCUGGCGGCGGCAAGCAAUGAUCCAGGCACGGCAUUGCACACGGCACAGGCGCAGGAGAAGAAGGCGAAGCGGCACAUCUACAGCACGGGCGCCGCUGGGUGCGGAGGGAAGGCGGCGCCCACCAACGCCAAGAACACGGGGCAGCCGCUACCGUGUCCGUUCUGCGAGCGCGUGUUCAAGCAGGACGGGCGACUCAAGGACCACAUCAAGAGCCAGCACGCUGACGCCGCCGCCGUCAAUGCUGACGUGGACACACCCAACGGAGCGCCGACGACAGGUGUUGCUGGCGCGCAGAGCGUGGGCAGAGGGGCGGGCGCAGCGGGGGCUGGCGCGAAUGCGCGGGGAGGUGAUGGGGCGGGGAGGGGGAAUGGUGCGGCAGUAGGGGGAGUGGAUGGGGAGAAGGGCGGAGCUGGAGCGGGAGCGGCAGGCGGAGGCGGGGGGGGGGGCGUGUACUAUGUGAAGACGCCCAAGGUGCUGGUGAACGAGUGGUGCCAGAAGAGCAAGCGCCCCACGCCCAAGUACACACACGUGGAGGCGCCAGGCGGGGGCUUCCACGCGCGCGCCAUCAUCCCGGAUCCGCGCGACCCCACACAGGACACCAUCGUGUGGUGGCGCGGCACGCCUCCCGCGCCCUCGUCUUUGGACGCGCACAACCGCGCCGCCACCAUGGCCCUGCACCGCGUCAUGGGCUCCACCAGGAUGGAUCGAGUGUUGGGGGAGGAGUACCGGCAGCAGUGGAGGGAUUUAGACCGUGAGGCGGAGGACAGGAAGGAGCGUGACAGGCGCCACGCGGAGGACAGGCAGCGGCGCGAGGAGCGGGAGCGAGCGCAGCAGCAGCGGCAGGUGCAGCGCGCCAAUGUGUUCCUGAGCGAUGAUAAGCGCCAGCUCGUACACGCCCUGCUCUCCACUGCCCCCGCACCUGCCCCCGCCUCCUCCUUGCCUGCCCCGUUUGUCCCCGCCACUACUGCGGCUGCUCCCCAGGGCGGGGUGGACUUGAGCGGGGCUCAUGCUGCAACCGCUGGUAUUGCCUCAGUGCCACUGCACGCAGCACCGCCAGUGUCAGCAGCGGCUGCUAGUGGCAGCGAGAGUGAGAGCAGCAGGCAGGCAGUGGCCAAUCAGCUGCUGGCAUCUGGCUUCCCGCUGGAAUGGACACAGCAAGCCACUGCCCACUGCUCUGACUACGUGGCAGCACGUGAUUGGCUCAUCCUGCACAUGCCAGAGCACCUGCUCCCAGCCCAGUUCGCUGCCUCCACAUCCGCCUCCGCGGUUGCAGUGCUACACUCCGCCUCUCCCGCUGCCAUUCCCUCCGCCACCGCCCUCCAAAUCGACCAGUGGCAGCCGGGCAUCUCCCCUCAGCUGCGCUGGCUACUUGCAUGUGGCUAUGACGGCCCCUCCGCCCUGCAAGCGCUCUCUCUCACUGCUCAUGCCGGUGCAGAUGACGAGGUGGCGGCGCUGCAGUGCCUGCAGCAGCGCUUCCCCAUGGACGUGCGCGGUGCACAAGGCAUGGGGGGAGGGGAUGGCGCAGAGGGGGGAGAAGGGGACGCGGAGGGUACGGAGUGGGGGGAAGGGGAGCAGCGGGGCGAGGGGGAGGUGGGGGAGGCGAGGGAGGAGGAGCGCAUGGUGCUGGAGGCAAUCUUUGGGCCGGAUCUGGCAGUGCGCGAGGUGCAGAGCGGUGCUGGGGGGUUGGCGGUGGUGAUGUCGGUGCGGAUAAAGCAGGAGGCGGGUGGUGCGCAUGGGAAUGGCGAGGACAGCACGCCUGCACAUGCUGCUGCGCUUCAUCUUGAGGUGCGCUUCAUCUUGAGGUGCGCUGCAAACCCAAUGCUACCAUGCCGUUUCUCUUGUUUCUGUGCUCAUGCCCGCAUCUUCCCCUCCUUUGCCCCCUCGUCUCCCCCUCCGCCAUUCAUUCCUUUUCCUGCACUCUUCCCCCCACCAUCCCCCCACUCGCCCCCCACUACCCUCCAGGUCAUCAUUCCAGCCACCAGCUCCUACCCCUUCUCCCUCCCGCUCCUCGCCUUCCGCCUCUCCUCCUCCAACCCCAUCCCCGUCCCGCCCGCCCUCCCCCUCUCCCUGCGCUUCUGGGCUGCCUGCACUCUCCACUACGCCCGCCACAACCUGCCUCCCGGCAUGGGAGUCGUGCACUCCCUUGCCACCUGGGCUGCUGACCACGCCCUCCCCGCCUUCCUCUCGCUGCUCUCCCCCCGCCCUGCCUCCUCUGCAGAGCACAGCAGGGGGAAAGCCAGGCAGGGGAGCACGGCGGGGAAUGGGGGAGGGCGAAGCCAGGGAGGAUUGGGAGCGGCUGAAGCGGCGGUGGGAGGAGAUGCAGGGGAGCAGGCAGCACGCGGGCAUGAUGCAGACGCGGAGGGGCCUGCCUGUGGCGGCGUCCAGAGCGCAAGUGCUGGCAGCACUGCAGCAGUCGUGGGUGGUGGUGGUCAGUGGCGCCACUGGCAGCGGCAAGAGCACCCAGUGUCCCGUUGUGCGCCUGUUGCUCUUUCACCAACCAUCAUUCCAUCCAACCCCUCUCGUGCUGUCGCUCCAUCCAUCUGCAUCACUCUCGCGCCCGCAUCUCCCAACCUCCCCCCUGCUCCCUCCCACCACCAGGUGCCCCAGUACAUUCUAGAGGGCGCCUCUGAGGUGCCCCAGUACAUCCUGGAGGGCGCCUUAGAGGAAUCCGCCGCUACACCUGCGUCAUCCUCGCACCCUGCACCGUGCUGCUCCGUGGUGAUCACGCAGCCGCGUCGCAUAUCAGCAGUGGGCCUCGCACACAGGGUGGCGCAGGAGAGGGCUGAGACUGUCGGCGACACUGUGGGGUAUGCGAUCCGCAUGGAGGCACGGCGCUCGCAGCGCACGCGGCUGCUCUUCUGCACCACAGGGCUGCUGCUGCGGCGCCUGCUGGCGGACCCACUGCUGGCGGGGGUGUCACACGUGGUGGUAGACGAGGUGCAUGAGCGCUCUCUCGACAGCGACCUGCUGCUGCUGCUGCUGCGCUUCACACUCCUGCAACGCAACCUGGCUCAACAGCAGGGGCCGGGCCAGGAGAAGCUGCAUCUGCUGCGCAUAGUGCUCAUGUCAGCCACAGCCGACGCACACGCCUUCGCAGACUACUUCCACCGCCUCCUCCUCUCCCACUCCCACCACUUCCCGCCCUCCCUCCUCUCUCCCCACCCCACAUCCCUCACGCCCUCCACUCCCCUCUCCUCCCUCCUCACCUCACGCCUGCCGCGCCCGGCGCUGAUCACAGUACCAGGGCGCACCCACCCGGUGCGACAGUUGUUUCUGGAAGACGCUCUUGCCCUCACCAACACGGUUAUUGGCCGCAACUCCAAGUAUGCGCGUAAGGGCGCCGGCAAGAGCAACGCUGUUGCAGGAGGCAUGGCACGCGGGGAAAGUGCAGGCAGGGAGGGUGGCGGGGCUGUGGAGAUGGGGGCAAAUGGGGGCGGAGCUGGAGAAAAGGUGGGAGACGCGGAGGAGGGUAAGGUGGCGGGGGAGGAAGACGAUGAGGAGGAGGAGGGUGGGUGGGAGUCUCUGGCGGAUGAUGCGGGUGAUGUGAUCAGCAACAGCAGCAGCAGUGGGCGCAGCAGUGGUGCGGCACUCAGUGCGAGCUCUGCUCCCAUGGCAGAGCACGGCAUGGGUGUGGCGGGUGGCAAUGGAACAGGUGGACAGGGGGCAGUAACAGCAGCAGCAACAGGAGGAGCGGUUGCAGGUGGACGGGCAGGAGCGGUGGCAGGAGGAGGAGGGGCAGGAGGGGGUGGGCAGUACAGUGAGGCGGUGUUGCGGUCGCUGGCAGUGGUGGAGGAGAGUGUGAUCAACUACGAGCUGAUAGAAGCCCUCAUCGCUGCCAUCGUGCGCUCCAACUCCCACCCCCACCAGCAUCAGCAGCAGCAGCAGCAGUGGCAGCAGCGGGAAGAGGAGGUGGUGGGGUCGUCAGCAGGCAGCAGCGACGGCAGCAGCACCUUCAGCUGGGACAGCGCAGCCAGCAGCAGCAGUGGUAACAGCAGCGCCGCUGCCUCAUCGUUGCUGGUGCCUGAACCAGCAGAGGGCAGAACGGGCAGUGGGCCGUCAAGAGGCGCGCUCAAGGCGAGGGGCAUACUGGUGUUCCUGCCGGGUAUGGCUGAGAUCAAGCACUUGCAGCGACAGCUGGAGGGGAGCCGGGUGCUGCAGCAGGCGGUGGGGGGGGCGGGGCAGCGAGGAGGGCGGGGGGCGAUGGUGGUGGUGCCGCUGCACGGGUCCCUGGCACAGAAGGAGCAGCAGCGGGUGUUUGCAGCGGUGGCGGAGGGCACGUGGAAGGUGGUGCUUUCUACUAACGUGGCUGAGACCAGUGUCACCAUCGACGAUGUCGUGUGGGUGGUGGACAGUGGGCGGAAGAGGGAGGUGGUGCACGAUGUGGUGCGGGGCAUGGACGUCAUGGGCGAUGCGUGGGUGUCACAGGCAGCGGCAUCGCAGAGGGCGGGGCGAGCAGGCAGGGUGCAGCCGGGGUGCUGCAUCCGCCUCUACUCGCGCUCCCUCUUCCACUCCCUGCCGCCGCACACGCCACCGGAGAUGCUGCGCGUCUCCCUCCACUCGCUCUGCUUGCAGGUGAUCAGGAGCUCAGGUUCUGGAGGUCAGGUUCUGGAGGUCAGCACUCAUCUCCACCCUUCUGCCCCGCACUGCCCCCUCUGCUCAUCCCACCAGGUGAAGGCCAUGCUGCCAUCCAUGCCGGUGGCCCAGUGCCUCUCCCUCGCGCUCACGCCCCCUCCACCCACCGCCAUCUCCUCCUCGCUCGCAUGCCUGGCGUCCCUGUCCGCGCUGCACUUACCAUCAGAGGUGCUCUCUCCUCUGGGCGCGCAUCUAGCUCGUCUGCCUCUGGACGUGCAUGUGGGCAAAAUGCUGCUCUUCUCCGUGCUGCUGCGCUGCCUCGACCCCGCCCUCUCCAUCGCUGCAGCCGCGGCGCACGCGCGCCCGCUCUUCCUCGCGUCGCCUGCCCACAGGGACGUGGCGGCGCAGGCCAAGGCACGGUUCGCUGGUGCCACACGCAGUGACCAUGUGGCCGUGGCAGUGGCGUACCAGGGAUGGGUGGACUCUAGGGGCGGAGGGAGGGGCGGUGGGGGAGGUGAAUGGGCUUACUGUGAGGCGAAUGGUUUGUCGCGGGAUACUCUGGUGGCUAUGGAGGGCCUCAGGCGAGACUUUGUGCUGUCGCUUGCGUCCCUUGGCUUCCUACCUGCUAGCUAUGUGUCUGCGUGGAUGGACAAGGACAAGGGCACCAGACAUGGCCGUGUGGAGGGUGCAGCAGGCAGGGGUGGGGAGGGACAGCGCUGGGAUGUGUUCAACGAGAACUCACAGUCGUGGCGUGUGGUGAAGGGUGUUAUCUGUGCUGGCUUCUACCCCAACGUGGUGCGCGUGCAGAGGCCUGAGAAGCGCUUUGUCAAGACAGAGCAUGGGGCAGUGGAAAAGGAUGCAGCAGCACGUGCAGUGCGCUUCUACACCCGAGAAGACGGCCGCGUGUUCUUGCAUCCAGGCAGCGUGAACUUCUUACAGGGCACGUUUGAAAGCCCGUGGCUUGUGUUCAGUGAGAAGGUCCAGACCAGCAAGAUUUUUAUCAGGGAGUGCUCCAUGGCUCCAGCCUUCGCCCUGCUCUUGCUGGGUGGUCUGCUCAACGUCAAUGCAGAGAGGCGGCUCGUCACUGUGGACAACUGGAUUCAGUUCGAGGCACCUGGCCGCAUCGGAAUAUUGGUCAGGGAAAUGCGAAGCAAGGUUGAGGAGGUGUUGAGGGACAAGAUAGCUAGACCUGACAUGGAUCUUAGCAGUCAUCCUGUGCUGGAGGGCAUGGCUGAACUUAUUUCUUCUGAGGGGUUUUAA